AUGAUUCCCACGAGAAGCCGUCCAGUGAUGGCCGCUGUCCUCGCUGUGUUCGUCUGCAUCGUUUGGUUCAGUGUCACGUGUCCGACUUCUAUCUCAGGCGAAGCAAAGAUUAGUGGAAAGAUAACAUCACUUGAGUUGGACAAGCAAGAUGAUGCGGUGCUAAAUAACAUUGAAGGAUUGAAUGAUGGUGUUAAAGACAAACUCUACGAGGCAGAUAUCGUGUUGUCUGAUGAAGACAAGCGUCAAGUUGAUCAGAGAGAGGAAGGAGAUGCAGACGGUCCAGGAAAUAGAGACUUGAUAAAAAGAAACGCUAUUCGAAACAGACAAAAACUGUGGAAAACCCGCGUUGUGCCGUACAGAAUAUCACCAGCUCUGUGUCAGCAAGUCUCUAAACCAGGCCCCCAGCUCCUGUCUGUUGGACCCGGUUGUGACAAGAAAGGCAUCAUAAUGCACGAACUGAUGCACGCAGUGGGCUUUUGGCACGAACAGUCACGCACUGACCGUAAUAAGUACGUGGAGGUGCUGUGGGAGAAUGUCGGCAAGGGUCAAGCUCACAAUUUUAACAAGUACUCUCAUGGUAAACUAGACUACCUUGGCGCCAUGUACGACUUCCAAAGCCUGAUGCAUUAUGGGAGUCAUGCGUUCUCCAAGAAUGGUAAGCGCACAAUAAAGGCCAUCAAACAACCCAACUUGCAGUUCGGUCAGAGAAAGGGCUUCAGUGAGACGGACAUACAGCAGUUGAAUGCGCUAUACGACUGUAAAAGUGAGUAUAUGACAUAG